CUUCUGCCCCUUAGUUUCUGGUUGAGCACCUACAAUAACAUGCGGUCGCUAACCUAAAAGAAAGUGCAGUGUCCCGAGAAUUUGGUCAUUUAUAUUAUAUCUUCCCCAGACCAAGCUCCCUUCUGUCGGCCGGCCAGGAAUGCGCCCACCAUGUCUGUCAUCACCUCCAUCUGGUGGCCCGAAGACAGAAUCAAAGCAACCCUGUGUCCGGAAUUCGUCUUCAGUAAACUUCCCAAGGAGAUUCUUCCCCAGCUAGUCGGCCCCUUAGCAUGGGGCGAUGGGUUGACCAGCGAGACCUACCUCGAGUGGAUCCUCACCAAGGCGGGUCGACUCUUCCUCACCCUGGUUGAUAUCGGCAUUCCCGAGCGCAUCUUCGCGCUGGUAGACGAGUCCCUCGAUGACUCGGAUCUUCCCAUCGCCGCCCACAGCGUCGACCGACUCUCGCUCUCUCCAUCCGGCGAGGACUCCCAGCUAGAAGCGAAGUUCUUCCUCGCGCAGUGGCGAUUCGUCGUGCGCGGCAUCCGGGAAGGCGAACACGUCAAAUACACGGAGAACGAGGGCGUCCCCGUCGAGCUCCUGCGGACGGGGCCAACCCUCGCCCGCGAAGGCGUCGAGAAAGUUGUCCUCGCUGGCGCAGUUCCGCGAGUGUACUUGCGCACCCAGGUCACCGUGGGAGGCGCUCCGCAUUUUUUCGACGAGGAGGAAGUGCUGGACGAGAUCCGCUCCCUCAAGAGACUCUCCCACGAGCACAUCUGCUCCAUUUUCGGGUCUUACUUCGUCGACAACACCGUGUGCAUCCUGUUCUCGGGGGCCUACGAACGCACCCUGAUGUCGUUUCUCACCGACGCUCCGCAACCGUUCAAACGCCUGUCCAAACCCCACCGUCGAGCGGUCUUGCUCAACUGGCCCCAUUGCCUCGCAAAUGCCCUCGCCUGGCUGCACGCCCACGGCCAGGCCCACGGCUCCAUCCGUCCAUCAAAUGUCUUCGUCGAUGCCGAUUCCAAGAUCUUCCUGGGACAGUUCGAGGCCCUGGAUACGCUGCUCUCCCCCAUCAAAGUCGACGACGUGGAAUCAUACCAGUAUGGCGCCCCUGAGCGCUGGGUGCGCUCCGCCAGUGUGCACGAGACCGGCCCACUGAAAUCAGCCCUACCAUCCGGAGGCCGCACCGCGCGGAGAAGUUCAUCUGGGUCGACGAAAUUAAACCUCAGCUUCACAAAACAACCCCAUCAGGUAGAGCCCGACGCAGAGAGCGCACGGCCCGAGUCCACCGUCUCCCAAGGCACCGCCAUCCGCAUCGGAUUCCCAAACUCCCCCUCUCGCCACUCCUUCACGCCGUCUUCAUCAUCAUCCGGCUCAAGCGGGGGAAGCUCCCGCAAGAGCAUCAUCGCCCCAUUCCGACGACCCACCAUCUGCGCCCCGUCACAGCCCACCUCCCCCGGCUCCCCACGCCGGGCCUCAUCAACAAGCCGAGCCAAUCCAGUCGGCCUCCCCAGCACCCACUCCCAAACAGCAGUCGUCAACACCUGGCAAUCGCACCAGACCCACCCCGCAGCGUCGGACAUCUUCUCCCUAGGCGCUGUCUUCCUCGACAUCUUCACCCAUCUCUGCAAGCGCCGCAUCUCCACCUUCGUCCACCACCGCGGUGCCAAAAACCGCACCGCCGGCCGCGGCGGCGGCGUCGCUGACUGCUCUUUUCACCUCGACCGUAACCUGGCCCAGGUCACCGCGUGGAUAACCCUGCUCGACCACGACGCGACGAAAAAACAGAAAGACCCCAUCUUCGCCGCCCUCCCGCCCAUGCUAGAAAUGGCGCGCAGCAUGCUGAGCAAGGAUCCCGCCACCCGCCCAUCCGCCUCCCAGAUCGAGCGCCACUUUGCUUGUGUCAUCCAGCAACAGCAGCCCGAUGCCACGAUUCACUGUACCUCCGACCUGCGCGAGAACGGCCGCCCGCACUGGGCCGCUCGCCACAAACAAAAGACUGGACUCCCCCCGUCGUCCAUCUCCACUUCCCGCCCGACGUCGCGGAACUCCGAUAGUCCCAUGACGCCGCCGCUGACUCCCGCCAGCGUCGUCACUUUAUCUCCCGAGACGUCGCAGUUUCGUUUCACGCCGGAGGACUACGCGUAUAGCAGUGGUGCGACGAGCGAGUAUGCGAGUAGCACGGCGAGCGGUGUUUGGUAAGGAUAUAACCUG